UCCAGAUAGGCCCAUAUAAUUUCUGGACAUCGGUCCAUAAAAUUUCUUCAACUCCAUCAAUAGCCAGCGGUAGGGGCACCCGAGCACAGCCCAUGCUUUGCUCAGUUUACAUGAAUUUCCAGCUGGGCGACGAACUGUGAUGAAGAUGGAGUACGAGAACAAACUUGUCCUCGCGCCCAUGGUUCGAGUUCCCUUCAAAUAGCCAGUGGUAGGGGCACCCAAGUACAGCCCAUGCUAUGAGUUGUCCUUCGCUCAAUUCACAUGAAUUUCCAGCUGGGCGACGCACUGUUAAGAAGAUGGAGUACGAGAACAAGCUUGUCCUUGCGCCUAUGGUUCGAGUUGGCACGUUACCUUUUAGGUUACUAGCUGCGCAAUAUGGGGCGGACGUUACAUAUGGAGAGGAAAUUAUUGAUCAUAAAUUGGUGAAAUGUGAGCGCCAAAUAAAUGAGUAUGUUGGAUCUAUUGAUUUUGUGGAGAAGGGAACCAAAAAUGUUGUUUUUAGAACCUGUGAUGAAGAAAGAAGUCGGGUGGUAUUCCAAAUGGGCUCUUCUGAUGCUGUUAGGGCUCUCAGUGCAGCUCAGAUUGUGUGUAAUGAUGUUGCGGCGGUUGAUAUCAACAUGGGUUGCCCCAAAUCAUUCUCUACCAGUGGAGGCAUGGGUGCUGCACUGUUGACUAAACCGGAGCUUAUUCAUGAUAUUUUGACAACAUUAAAGAGAAACCUGGAUACACCAGUAACAUGUAAGAUUCGACUUCUGAAAUCAUCUCUGGAUACAGUAGAACUAGCAAGGCGAAUUGAGAAAACUGGUGUUUCUGCUCUUGCUGUCCAUGGAAGAAGAGUUGCAGACAGGCCAAGGGAUGCUGCUAAGUGGAGUGAGAUUGCUGAUGUUGUAGCAGCAUUGUCUAUUCCAGUUAUUGCAAAUGGUGAUGUCUUUGAGUAUGAAGAUUUUCAACGCAUUAAAGCUGCGACAGGUGCCUUGUCAGUAAUGGUCGCUAGAGGAGCACUUUGGAAUGCUUCAAUUUUUUCUCCUGAAGGCAAAGUACCCUGGGAAAUUGUGAAAAGAGAAUACAUUAGGAAGAGCAUCUUAUGGGAUAAUGAUGUCAAAAGCACAAAGCAUACAUUAAAGGAGAUGAUAAUGCAUUAUUCUUCCCUUGAAUUGCCUGAGGGAAAAGCUGUGAUUAAAUCAGAAACUAUGGCAGAUCUAGCGCAAGUUUAUGGAGAAGAAAUGUAUUACCAGUUUGUUAAUAGAAACCGAAUUUUUCUCAGUGAAAGUAGAUAAGACUGGCAGUUCGUAGGACAGCUUCAUCCGGCAUCCAAACCAAAAAUACCCUAGUGGAAGGGAACUUGAAGACUGAAGGCAUUUUGUGGUGUUAUUAUUAUUAUUAUUAUUAUUAUUAUUAUUAUUAUUAUUAUUAUUAUUUUGGCUUGAUGUUAUUGCUUUUUCAGUCGUACAUGUUGGACGGCAAUGGUAAUGGAAAUUUAUGUUUUGUUGAAUUUGGUGGUGGGAGGAGCAAAAGAGAAAUUUUUACUAAAGGUUGCAAGAGUGCAUAACUUAAGUUGCGUCUGUGGAUUUCAAUAAAGUUUAAUAUAAUUUUGUAUUA